GGCGGCGAUUGGCCCACGCCUGGCUGCUCGCCGGCUCUGGGGCUCCCGGAAGGUGGCAGCUGAGGAAGGGGCGCGCUACCUGUCUCCGCGGCCGGGCAAGAGAGAGACCCCGGCGUGAGGCGGCCUCCCUGGGCCGGAAGGGCUGGUCAGCCGACGCAGCGGCACCGGAGGCUGAGAGGGUAGGACCAGGGGACGCCAUGGCCCCGCAGAACCUGAGCACCUUCUGCCUGUUGCUGCUGUACCUCAUCGGGACUGUGAUCGCCGGGCGAGAUUUCUAUAAGAUCUUGGGGGUGCCUCGAAGUGCCUCCAUAAAGGACAUUAAAAAGGCCUACAGGAAACUGGCCCUGCAGCUCCACCCUGACCGGAACCCUGAUGACCCCCAAGCCCAGGAGAAAUUCCAGGAUCUAGGUGCUGCUUAUGAGGUUCUGUCAGAUAGUGAAAAACGAAAACAGUACGAUACUUACGGUGAAGAAGGCUUGAAAGAUGGCCAUCAGAGCUCUCAUGGGGACAUUUUUUCACACUUCUUUGGAGACUUUGGCUUCAUGUUUGGAGGAACCCCUCGUCAGCAGGACAGGAAUAUUCCAAGAGGAAGUGAUAUCAUCGUAGAUCUAGAAGUCACUCUGGAAGAAGUGUACGCAGGAAAUUUUGUGGAAGUAGUUAGAAACAAGCCUGUGGCCAGGCAGGCUCCUGGCAAACGGAAAUGCAACUGUCGGCAAGAGAUGAGAACCACACAGCUGGGACCGGGACGCUUCCAAAUGACCCAGGAAGUGGUUUGUGACGAGUGCCCUAAUGUCAAAUUAGUGAAUGAAGAACGAACACUAGAAGUGGAAAUAGAGCCUGGGGUGCGAGAUGGCAUGGAGUACCCCUUUAUUGGAGAAGGUGAGCCGCAUGUGGAUGGGGAACCCGGAGACUUACGGUUCCGAAUCAAAGUUGUCAAGCACCGGAUAUUUGAGAGGAGAGGGGAUGACCUGUACACAAAUGUGACCGUCUCACUGGUUGAGGCUCUGGUUGGCUUUGAGAUGGACAUAACUCACCUGGAUGGUCACAAGGUCCAUAUUUCCCGGGACAAGAUCACCAGGCCAGGAGCCAAGCUGUGGAAGAAAGGGGAAGGGCUGCCCAACUUUGAUAACAAUAACAUCAAGGGCUCUUUGAUAAUCACUUUUGAUGUGGACUUUCCAAAAGAACAGCUGACAGAGGAAGCAAAAGAAGGUAUCAAGCAGCUUCUCAAACAAGGCCCCGUGCAGAAGGUGUACAACGGGCUGCAGGGCUAUUAGGAGCGAAGAGAACUGGACUUUGAAAGAGGCCACAUAAUAGCUGGACUUGCUGGAGAUGCCUGGUUCUACUUGAUGUCACUGUGACAGCUCAGAGGCUGGGGAUUGGAGUCAUUUAAAGGCCUUGUCUCAUAUGUCUGACAGCUGAUUCUAGGAGGACAGAGCUCCUGUGAAUCACAGCCUUAAGACACGUGCCCCCAAAGGAAAAGAGACCAGGGUGGGGGUCUCUUCAUGAUCUGGCCUCACAACCUCUCAGCACCUCUGCAACAUUUCUGCCCAUAAAGCAGCCGUACGGCUCAUCCAUAGGAGAGAAGCUUUCUUUGAUCUUUUGAUAAAAAUAACAACAAAAGCCUUCAAAUCUUGAAAGAAUGUGUGAAGUGGAAACGAGAGUUCUUUGGAAAGUCCUUUGGAUGGUGAUUCACUCAGGCCAACACUUGAGGGGACGUUUCCUUAAAGUGGACACAGGUGUGAAAGGCUAAGACGGACUCAGAACAUUUCACUGAAGCCGACACAGGAGAGAGGAUGUUCUACUGAAACAGGCACGUGAAAGAACAUGUGAUGAAAGGUUAUUUGCUAAUGACACAAAGGUAUUGGUCUGCCUUACACUGCAUUUGAGCUGCAUUUGUCCGGACACCAUAGAGAGAAAUGUACUUAAAAAAACUUCUGGUGGUAUGCUGCAGUUUCUUGUCACUUCUCCGGAUUCCCACUGAUUGGAUUCCCAUAUUGAGGCAAGACCCAUGGAGGACAGGUGGAAGGGUAUAAAUAGGACUCCAUGGUGUGAUGGAGACAGAGCUUGGCUUGCUGGUACAGCUAGCUGAGCAACGCUUGUGAGUCUCGAGUCUUCGCUGACCUUCAUUUUCCUGAGAGAGACACAGCUGAGAACUUCUCCUGGGGCCCCUCUGGGGCCCUCCCACUGGCUCAGGCUGAGGCAGGGGCCUGGCUGUCUGUGCUAGGUCAUGUCACUGUUGUUGGUGGCACUACUCUGCCGAACUGGACUGCUGGUGUAUCUAUGAAGUGCUUGUGAGUGGACUGAGCUGCCGCUGCCAACCUGUGAACUGAACUGCUGAUUUCCAGACAAUGCAGACAGGAGUUGCUCCAGGGAACCUUUCUGAAACAGGUCCACUUCCCCCAUAUCCUUUCUUUUCCACUACCUCUGGCAGGUGGUGGGCUACAAGGGAGGUUAAAGGUUAAAGCGUUUGUAAGAACCAUCUUUAAAAAUAAGGUUUGAAAAAAUUAAAGUUACCAGUAUGUAAAGUUGCAAGC